AUGGCGCCCUCCUACCUCAAUCCGCACCGUCUCGCGCCACUUACAAACCCAUCCUACAACAUCUACCUCGUCCCAGCCCUCCUCAUCUUCGAAGCCGCCUUCCUUUCCGCCAUAAUUCUCAAGGUCCCAUACACAGAAAUCGACUGGGCAACCUACAUGGUCCAAGUGCGCAAAUUCCUUGUCGACGGCGAGCGCAAUUACGCGAAAAUCGAUGGCCCGUCCGGACCCUGUGUCUACCCUGCGGUAUUCCUGUACCUCUACAGCGCGCUCUAUAGUGUGACGGAUCAAGGGCAGGACAUCAGGACGGGCCAGUGGAUCUUUGCGGGUGUCUACUUAUGCGUGCUGGCUACGACAAUGAUGUGCUAUUGGAAGGUGGGCGCGCCGCCGUGGCUCAUGGUGUUGUUGGUCGGGAGCAAGAGACUGCAUUCGCUGUUCGUGCUGCGACUGUUCAAUGAUUGUUGGGCAGUGGCGUGCUUCUGGGCCACGGUGUGGUUGUUGCAGAGGAGGAAAUGGGAAGCUGGUGCAUUGGUGUGGGGGGCUGGGGUAGGUAUCAAGAUGGUGUUGUUGCUCGUGGCGCCUGCGUUGGCGUUCAUCUUGGUCCAGGGCGGUGGGUUCUUCGUGGGUCUCUUCGGAGGGGCAGCCGCGGUCAUGUUGCAGGUCAUGACUGCUGUGCCAUUCUUAGAUCCAAAAGACGGGGACGCGAAGAUGUAUUUCACGAGAGCGUUUGAGUUUGGAAGGCAGUUCUUGUACAAGUGGACGGUCAAUUGGAGGUUCGUAUCGGAGGAGACAUUCCUAAGCAAGGGCUUUCAGGUAGGUCUGCUGAUCCUGCACGUCUCCAUCCUUCUGGUGUUCAUUUACGCCAAGUGGAUGACUCCGUCAAGGCUGUCGAGUGUGCCGCAAUUCCUUCGCAAAUUUGCCGUGCAAGAGAAAGGCGCCGCGGAUGAAGAUGUCUCCGCUCGCGUGACUCCAACCUUCGUGAUGGAUGCUAUGCUCGGGAGCAUGGCUGUCGGGCUCUUGUGCGCCAGAAGUCUGCACUAUCAGUUCUAUGCAUACCUUGGGUGGGCAUCACCAUACCUGCUUUGGAGAUCUGGUGGCGGUGUCUGGUGGGUUCUGAUUAAUUGGGCAGUCCAGGAGUAUGCAUGGCUCAUCUUUCCGCAAACCGAGCUGGGCUCCAUGCUGGUUGUGUUCGAGCUUGCUAUCCAGGUUCUGUCGGGUCUCAUUGCUCCUCCCACGGAUCACAUCCGCCCACCCACUGGCCCAGCUCGGAGGUCAAAACCCAAAGUUGGCUGA